CUGCCCGCUGAGAUGUGAAGAACGAGGAAGCCGAGUCUCUGACCUGAGGAGAGAAGUCAUUACAAACAAGUAGUGUUGUCUUAUUAACUCAGACGUGCGUUCAAGUGUAAUUAACUUGCGUAAACUGGAGGGAUGGUGCGCGGCUGUGCGGAAGGCUCGUACGCUCGGUUUGUGGAGCGACACCACUCAGCGCUGAAUUUUACGCUGCUGGUUGUCGGUUACAUCCUGUACCUCAUCGUCGGCGCCGGGAUCUUCUCCGCCAUCGAGCUGCCGUACGAGCUCGAGCUUCGGCAGGAGCUGGUGGCUGCCCGGCGGGACUUCCUGCGCAACAACACCUGCGUGUCCGACGCGCGCCUGGAGGAGCUUCUGGUCCGCGCGCUGGAGGCCAGCAACUAUGGAGUGUCCGUAUUGGGUAACGACACCAACCAGAACUGGGACUUUGUGUCCUCUUUGUUCUUCGCCAGCACCGUGCUGACCACAACAGGUUAUGGUCACACCGUUCCUCUCUCAGAUGAAGGAAAGACCUUCUGUAUCUUCUACUCCCUCUUUGGCAUCCCCUUCACCCUCUUCUUCCUCUCCGUUGUGGUGCAGUGGAUUAUGGUCCUGGUGAGUCGGCGUCCAGUGUCCUACUUCCACCAUCGAUGGGCCAUGUCUAAAUCAAAGCUAGCCAUCAUACACGCUACCUGCCUAGCCAUCGUCAUUGCCCUGUUCCUCCUCCUCAUCCCUGCGUGGGUCUUUACCACCCUGGAGAAGGACUGGAACUUUCUGGAGUCUCUGUAUUUCUGUUUCAUCUCUCUCACAACAAUUGGCCUCGGGGAUUAUGUCCCCGGAGAGACCCACAAUAAAGAGGACAACCCACACCCACUGCUCUACAGGCUGGCCAUUACAGUCUACCUGCUGCUGGGACUGGUGUGUGUCCUGGUUGUGCUGGAGACGUGUUAUGAACUUCCCCAGAUGAAACGCUUCAGACGGAGGUUCUACCGAGAAAACGUUAAGGAGCUCGACUCAGAGACCGCCAACAUCAUCGACCGCGAUCACAUGAGCGACCAGCUGAGCGACCCCUCGGACCACGUGACAGAUCACCAUUCACCGGUCAUCCCCUCUGUGUCAGAACAGGCUGCGUCUCUGCGGCAGGACAGCAAGUCAACGUCUUACACCCCAGCGUCUGCAGCUGCUGCUAAUGGAAAGCUGAGAUGACAGAUUGUCUGACACACAUUGUUUUUGAGAGACUGGUCUAUAGUCUGAGCCUCAGUACACUUUAGCUGUGUAUCUACAUCUAAGAACUUAAUCACUUAAAAAGGGACUGCUUUAUGCAACUGCCAACACUGACAGACAUUUGUGGCAUAAAAGCCGCAGCCACCCACAGACUAUCGCGGGGGCAUUGUUUUCUUGUUCUUGUUCCUGUUGCUCCACUCCCUGCAGAUAAGAGUUAGAUCCGUGACACAGAGGAAGGGCCGGACUCUCCAAACAGAGGGAAACCCAAUGAGAUUCUGCUUCCUGCAAAGGUCAUGAUGCCAUUACUCCAAAGUGACACACUUUGCUCUGGAGGAUUUCACACCAGCUCUUAUCACAUUGUAUGAUCUGUGGUGCUAUUUGCAUUGGAAAUUUCUCUUCUUGGUGUCAUAAAGCAGUAGCGGGACAAUCAGACAUACCAUCAGUUGGCCUGUUGUACAUUAUGCACAAGAAUUCCAAGAAGAAUAAACUUUUUUCUUCUUUCUUUUUGCAUGCAGGUGAUUAUUGGCUUUCAGUUCCUGAUGGACUGCUGAACAAUACUGUUCAAAAGUUUGCAAUGUCCUGUUAUACUAAUGUUUUUCUUCUUUUCUCCAAUAGUCGCUCUUUGAGCACAGAUAAAUACAUUAUUAUUCAAAUCCAAAUGUAUUAUUUAUAUUUAACGUAGUUUGGGAUCUAAAUGAAGAAUACUUAAAUGAUUGAAACUUCUGUUUUGUUGAUACCUGCAAAAUACCCUUUAAUUUUGAAUUUAUUUUCCAGAUAGUUUAUUAAUUUAGAUGCCCAGCAUUUAAUCCUCCCUUUAUAUAAGUUAAAAUGCUUUUUGUUCAGUUCGUUUUAGAUUUGUUGGUUGUUUUAUCAUUUCAGAUGCUACAGUUUGUGGUGCUGUGGAACUCCCUGUUUUUCUUACUGAUAUGAACAGUAGUAACACAAACGUGUUAGUAUAUCGUAAUACAGUUACAGCAUCACAAAGUGUAGCCUGAUUAAUGAUCCUACCUUUUAAUGUAUUUGAAUGGGUAAUCAUAGUGCAGUGUGUUCGUUUAGCCACCAGAGGGCAGCACUUUACUUUUGCAUGAAGAUUUACAUGAAGUUCGCUUCGUUACUGGGCAUUUCAUGCUGCUCAAGAGUGUUUCUUAACAAUGGAAUCAUGCUGCAAGAAUAUGUAAUUGUUACAAAUGAUUAUGAGGAAGCGUUCAUGUUGCAGUUGUUAUUAUUAUUAUGCAUAUGUUUUGUCAAAGCCAUCCCAGUUUACUGGAGUGCUAAUACAAAUGUGCUGUGCAUGAUGAAUGUCUCAUUAGCUUUUGAAGUUCAAAAAAUAUAACUUGUCGUCCAUUUAUGAUUUUGCUGCUGUCUGUCAUUUUGCUGCUUUACUUGUUUCAACCGAGAGAAGGACACUGUAAUGGCAGCUUUUAUAAAAUCUAAUUAUCAUUUGUGAUAAAAUGCAAAUAAAGUUAUGCAACAUUAAA